AUGAAUGGUGGAAGGCUAACAAGAAUUCAUACCCUGACGCUGGGGGUAGAGCUAGAAUUGGGUGGUCAGGCCACCUACGCUCCCCCUGGCCCCAACUUCAUUCCGGUCGAUUUGGAGGCCGCGCUCAACCAGAGGCCAACGAUCCUCGCGGGCGACUGGAGGAAUGCCAAGCACGUCAGCUGGCACUCUCACUCCAACAGCUCCCGAGGCAUCCGGCUUCUGCAGUACGCCGAGGCACGCGGUUACCACGUGUGCGGACCAGACGCCGCCACCCACUACCCAAGAGUGGAUGCUCACAGGCUGGAUACCAUCGACCUGGUGGUGCACAACCGGCCUGGCCUCUACCUGGCGCAGGAGGUAUUGAUGGACGAAUACCAAUCGAACCACCAGCCAUUGCUGUGCAUCAUCGCGGGGGCACCAUCCCCGCCCGUACGCACCUGGAAGGUCACCGAUUGGAAGGCCUUCGAGUCCAUCAUGAAAUGUGUAUUUCAUAUAAUUAUAUAUUAUAGGGGUGUCCCUACACCCGGCCCACCGGACACGACAACAGGCGCCGUUGACGACAUGGCGGAGACCAUGACACGGCAACUCCAGACGGCUCUGGCGGAAGCUACAACCACGCGUCCGCCAGAGUCCGUUGCCGUUCCUUUACUCGCGCUCAGGAGUCAGUGGCAGCGCAAUCGCUGCCCCGUGCUGAAGGCGCAUCUGAACCGCCUCGCCGAACAUGUCAAGGCCGAGCUGGCGACACACGCGCGGCGCACGUGGGAGCACACACUGGGAGAGGCAACCACAGAGCCUACUCGCCUCUUCCAACUAUGCCGCCGUCUCUAUCGGACUCCAGAGCCGAAGCGUCCCCUGUACGCUGACAGCAACGGUGCCAUCACCUACGAUGACAUCGAUCAGGCUGAAAUUUUCGCCGAAAAUAUCGAGCGCCAAUUCUCGCCGAACACCGCAAAAUCCCCUGCGCGCGUGGCUGAGGUGGAGAGCGCUGUCGAGGCCCGGCUGACGAGCCCGAUCCCACCUGACGAAGCCCAGAUUCUCUUUUCGCCAUCACAAGUGCGAAAGACGAUCCGACGACUGCUGCUCAAGAAGGUCCCAGGACCGGACGGCAUGACCCACCAGGCGCUGCGCCAUCUGCCUAUGAGGUGGAUAGUCGCACUGGCGCGCCUUUUCACGGGGAUCCUCCGGACUCUACAGAAAGAUCUCGAUUGUCCACUUCAUAUUCUCAGCCAUCCACUCCAUAUUCUAACACAUCUAUAUAUUGCUCUUCGCUGA